AUGGCACGGAGAACGUGGGCGAGCGUUGUGUGCGUGCUCGCAGUCGUGCUUGCCAUAGGCAAGCGGCACAGUCAGCUGUUCCUACGAGUGGUAUCUGCGCCACCAUCAACAGUAGCCCCGCUUUCACAGAGUGAUUUAGCGCGUGGUGCCCAGUCUGAGUUUGUCGAGUCGCUGAUCACCCGAAAGCGCCACAACCAGUUGACGUGGCUGCCGACUGACGCAGGUUUCAUGAACAGCGAGUUCUCCUCCAUACUAGUCCUUGGCGACUCGUACGGCGAUGAUGUAGACAUGGGCUUCUAUUGCUGGCCGUCACGCCUUGGAAAGAGACUGAGCUUGCCAGUCCUGAAUGUGGCCCGGGGCGGCUCUGAAUCGGCCCACGUCGCUGCGCAGCUCGAGCGUGCGCAUGCCUGGCGGCACGAAGAGUUUGCACUCGAUGCCCGUAGUCUGAUGAUCCUCCACACGGGUGGGAAUGAUGCCCUACACUCUUUGAGGGACCCUCGUAUGCUGGGGCUUCUAGUCUCCGAUCUGUACCGGCUCCGUUCCAGCCCGGAGCUUGAGCUCAGCAUGCUCAGCUUUCCAAAGGAGCUCGGCAAGGUCAUCACAAGACACCUGGACCAGUUCUUUGAAAUGGCAGCCACGCACGGACACCGCAAGGUCCUCCUCAGCACUCUCCCGAUCAUGUCCUGCUUGCCGCUGGGUCGGAUCCUGGUCCACACUCUGGUUCCCGGCGCCGGGGCCGGCUUCGUGAACCGCAGCUUGAGAGCCCUUGGGCGCUCCAUCAAUCGCUGCGUCUUUGAGGACAUCUCAACGCUGACAGCCAAGCAUGGAGUCCAUGCACAGGUGUUUGAUGAGGCCUCCCAACUGGAGCUGCUGGCAGAAGAAGCUGGGGCAUCGCAGCUCAAUCUUUGGGAGGGCUCCCGGCUGGUGUUGAGACAACUUCACCGGGUAUUUCUCGGGCCGGUCUCUAGCAAGGACUUCUGGCAUGAUGGCCACCAUCCUGCAGCACAGGCGCAUGAAAGCCUGGCGAAGGAAGUGCGCUUCGUGUCGACUGUCGCGCGACGUCUGCGGAUUCUGGGAGCCAUGAUGCGUGGCGAUCGCAACUCCGCGCACGGCGCGGUCAAGAGCCUGGCCAGCUUCGACCUUCAAAACAGAUAUGGGCGCCAAGCCCUUGCACGCUUCUUCGAGCUGCUUCGAACUGGCCAGCAGCCAGAAGUAUCCUUUUCCUUCUUGGCGUAUCGUGGUGGACGGAGAAGGGGCGCGUGGCAAGGCUGGCCGGAGUUCCGGAAGGCGGCGGAAGAGGCUCUCGACUUGAUCGGUCUUCGGCCUGACACGGAAGACAAGUAUGAGGAGUCCCUUACUGAGUCCAAGAACCUCAAUGUCUUCCUGAACAGGUUGCUCAUGCUCGAGCCCGUGAUUCAAAAUGCUCUCUUUGACGCGGUGGCGGAGCUGUAUGCACAUCUCGUCAGCCUGGACCGAGCUUCGGGCAGUUACGAUGGGGGCCUGGAGCUCUUGGACCAGAAGCGUGGCAUCCAAGCAGAAGUCCGGCUGGUGAAGCGCGAGGUGCUCUUCGAAGAUCCCAUUACCGGAGCGGAGACGGCAUACAUUCGCCUGCACCUUGAUCGUGGCAUGGCAUGGGAUGCCGCAGAGGAGGUGCUUGAUCGAUGUGGAGGACGCGCAGAAGAAGUCGAGGGCUUCUACUGGUGCCUGAACUUGCCGAGAGCCAGCUCUCCACCUGUCGUGCUGGCAAUUGCGCGCCCGCGGUUCCGCGGCGCGCGCUUGGGAGCCCUGGGACAGUCCGAGGACGAGGAGGAAGAAAGCGAUGUUGAGCUUGAGCUACACUGGCCACAGGGUCCUCCUGCAGGCCACAGCUUGGACCAGCGAGUGUAUUCAUCCACCCUGCGCAAGGGUGAGCGCUUCCGCAAAUCGAAAGCCUCGGAUCUUCCACGUGUUCAGGCUGCUUGGCAGGCUGCACGCAGUGCUUCGUCUGAGCGCUGGCGUGAGGAGCAUGUCCUGACCGGGUCCAUUCUUAGCACUUGGGCUGUUCUUGGGACUGCCAUCGGUGCCUCGCAAAGUUCGAAGGCACCUCGAAAGAUACCACUGGUGAGGGCGAAGCUGAGCGACGGGGGCGCCAUUGUGGGAGUUCGCGUGCAGCCUGAGCGUCUACAGGAAGUGAGAUACGUCCUGUCGGCGCUCGGCGAGGAGCGCAGUAGGAAGCUUGACAAGGAGGGCUCGGAGGAGCCGGCGCAGGCGGAGCACGAUAUUACGAGGCUGUCGGCGCAGCUGGAGGCUUUCCUGCGAACGCAACCAGAUCAGCAAGCAGUCUGGUUCGGCUUUGCAGGUGCUCACAAAGUCCUUGCUGCAGAUGGCCUGGUCAGUCAGGGGGCACCAGGCAUGCUGUUGGCCCAAGAGGCCAUGGAGGAUCUAGAGCGAAACGGCAAGGUCGAUAUCGACACUGAGACUGGUCUGGUGCGCCUGCGUGAGAAGCCCAAGGGCUGCGGAUGGUACAUUCCACCUCCCAAAAAGCCCAAAGUGGGCAGAGGCCGAGGCCGAGGCCGAGGACGUCGAGGGACCUGA